UCAAAUAAAAAUAAUAAUGUCCGAAGAAUAUAAACCAGAUGACAGUGAAAUUAACAUUCAGAUUGGACAAAAGAGACAAAAUAAUGAAAAUGGUGGACCUGCUUCGAAGAAAGCAAAUGUUUCAGAAUCUGAUACAGUCCAAAUAAAGGUCUUAAUUCCUUCUGCUGCUGUAGGAGCGCUAAUUGGUAAGGGCGGUGAGACAAUGCGAAACUUAAAGAAUGACACUGGCUGUCGAGUUCAAAUGUCUAAGAAUCAGGAAUUUUAUCAUGGGACCACAGAGCGAAUAUGUUUUGUUAAAGGAAAGAUUUCUUCAGCAAUGAUUGUUAUGGGUGCCAUUCUGGAGAAAAUUCAAGAAAAGGUUGAAGGGCAUCAUCCCUCUGAUCCUUUUGAUCUUAAAGGCUUGCAAAGAACUAAUGAGAUGAAAUUUAUUGUUCCCAAUACUUCUGCUGGAAUGGUGAUUGGUAAAAAUGGGACAAGCAUUAAAGAAAUUAGAGAAACUACAACAGCAAAUAUUCAAAUUUACCCAAAAGCUGGGACUGAAGAAGCUAAAAUGUCUUUAGAACGUGUAAUAACAAUUGGACAUGAAACUAAUGACGUUUUGAUGAGUGCAAUGCAAAAAGUUUUAGAAAGAGUUUGUGCUGAUCCUUUACAUUCGCAACCAAUUACGUCUGAAUCUCAAAAUGUAAGUUCUGGAUAUGAUUUUGCUACUAGUCGUGUUACUACAGGAGCAUCUCAAUUUGCUGGAAUGCAAUCAACUCCAGCUUGGCAAAAUCAGACUUCGAUUGAUCAAAAACUUGGCAACCAAUUCAAUUCAAAUUCUAUUAAAUUCAAUCCUUUACAAGGGACUGGAAAUAAUGAGUUAUUGGCAUUUUUGGACAAUUUACAAUCAACUUUGCGUUCUUCUGGUUUUAAUGAUCAAAGCGUUAGUGAAGUAAUGCAGGCUAUGCAAGUGCUUGCCAAAUAUAAUAUUAUGGGACUUGGCUUGGGCCUAGGUGUUGCUGCAAUGGCUCAGAUGCGAAAUAGUGAAAACGCUGCUGUUCAACAACAAAAUGCUUUAAUUGGUGUUCAAAAUGCUUCAAUGCAACAGCAACGUUAUGAUGUUAUGUCACACCCACAGAAUGCUAAUAUGAUGACUGGAAAUUCUCUUAUGGAUGCACAUAACAACUCUUUGGAUCAGAGUAUUGGUGGCGCUGGAGGUGUAUUAAUUGAUGUUAUGAGUCAGAAAAAAUCGGGCGGUGUUGUUUCUAAUGCUUUUGCAAAUUCUCUAAUAAAGGAGCGUAUUUUGGAAGAUGGACGUGUUGAACUUGAGGUUCCCGAUAAUAUUAUUGGUGCUGUUUUGGGUCCUCGAGCAAAAACAUUGAUUGAAAUACAACAACUUUCUGGUGCUAAAAUUGAAGUUCAUAAACGUGGAUCAGCAACAACAAGUCCAGGUGGUCGUCUUGUAAGUUUAACUGGCGACAAUAAUAGUAUUGUUAACGGCCGUCUGAUGAUAGAAAAAGUUAUAAAUCAAGAACAACAACGUCGCUCUCUUGCCGGAAAUCGUUGA